UUAUUCCUUCAUUUAUGCUAUUUAAUGCAUGAUUUAUGCUAAUCAUGUACUUGUUAACUGACAGCUUCUGUAUAGAAACAUGCAAGAGGUGGCGGCUGAAAGGAUAUGUGAAGACCCCUUUGAGAAUCCAGAAUGUGAGGCCUCUGACCUCUUUGUCAAUGAAAUUCAAUGUGUCGGCAAAGGACAUGGUGAUGAUUACCUUGUCCAGCUUGCUGUUGGACGGUGUCCUCGAAGAUGCAUACACUAUGUUACACCUUCUCAACGAGCUAUUCUUGAGGAUCUUCUUGGGAGUGUCUUAAGAGUACCGUAUGACUUAGCAGAGGCAUCUUUACUGGAUUCACUUAUAUCCAAGGCGAAGUUUGAGAAUGACAGGUAUCAAAAGCCGAAAAGGAAACCAAGGGCCUCAACUGAAUAUGUCGAUUGGUUGUGAUGAUCUCUUCAUAUUCAUAUGCACAAUAUAUAGUGGAGGAAGAUAGGUAAAUAAAUGUAUAAGACUAUGAUUUUUUAUCUCCAUCAAGAGUAACUUUGCUUGUUGUGAUUGAGCUGAUCUUGCUUGCAUUCUAAUGUGAAUGAUGAUGGGUGUUGGGUAAGGUGUAGCUAGCAAAUCACUAUGUAGUUUUAAUUGGUUAAAUUUUAGGGAGGGAUAGAAUCUGAUCUUAGCCAACUUGAUCUCAAGCCCAACCCUGGAAUAGAACAGAUAUAAUAGAGUGAAACUGAAUUGUUAUUCCCAUAACAAUUUAAGCUUUACAUUUAUUUUA